AGGCUAACAGGUGGGUAGACAGGAAUGAGCAGGAGACAGGGUCAUCUUGGAGGGGCAAAAAGCCACAGCUGAAAAGAAAGAGACAGUCAGGAGAGGGCUAUAUAGAGAAGUGCAGAGUUUGAGAGGCAAUUGAGAGGGUAAGGACCACUUAGAGAAGAGGCAAUACAGAAGAUGAGGAGAGGAGAGGACUGCCUAGAUAAGUGACAGAGCAGAGUUGGAGGAAUGCCUAGGGAAGAGCAGUGGAGAGGGAGAGGGCAACCUGGAGUGGAGAUAGCACAGAAGGCAAGGAGAGGACUGCCUUCAGAAGAGACAGAGCAGAGGAUAAGGACUGCCUCCCGAAGAGACAGUGCAAAAGAAAUAAAUGUUUUAUCUGAAGUACAGUAUCAGAGUGUAAACUUGUCACAGAAUGCAAAAAGAGACAUCCCCUGUGUAAGUAGUGACAGCUCUGGGUGAGAGUGGCAGAUGCUCUAAGUUGAAGAAGAAACGUAUGUCAGAUUGCACCCAUGGGAGAAUGAGCCCCAAAGUGGAACGACAGCAGUGCAAGGGGAAAGGGAGCGCUCCCAAGAGAGAGAGAGAGAGAGAGAGAGAGAGAGAAAAGAACAUGGUGAGUGAGGAGAGACAGCCGUGACACAGAAAGAGAAGCCUGGCCCAAAACUCCAGGAGAGAGAGAGAAGUGGAAUGCUAAGAGGCAUUUAGCAACAGCUGUUGAACAGGUCCCUUUCAUCGUACGAGCAUCAACAGGCACUCGUUCAUCUCUGUUCAUCCCUCUUUCACUAAGACAAGCAGGCAGCAGGUAUCUCGUAAGCAUGGAACACGUGAAGCUGCCAACCAUCACAUGCACCGUGCCACCUUCCUGCUGACUCCAUGUCACUGUGCCACACUUCCAAGAAGCUCCUAUUUUGCACCACAUUCCUGUGAAGUUCAUCAGGUGCUGCUCAGUCAAGCAGAGCUCUGCAGUGUGCUGCAUUCCUGUAAAGGCAAGUGACUCCUACCAAGUACCCACCACAUCAGCCACAUUGUGCCUCAAUCCCAAUAACCAACACAUUUAGCAUCAUUCCAGUUCAUACUGGGAUAUGAUUUUGGUCGUGUGGGGGCUCCUGCUGACUGUGCUUGGCUGCAGUGCGGUGGUGAUGGAGACUUUGCUGCCUCGAGGUGGAGGACCUGUAUUGAAUGUGGCCCUUGUUUUUGGAGGCUCCUUUCCAUAUAGUGAGCUUGUUGGACCUAUUAUGCCAGAAGGCUCCCUUUCCCUUCCCUUGGAUAUCCACACCGUCACUGUGCUUGUGAAUGAUAGUGGCCCUGCUCCGCUCCUGAGACAGUUAUGCCAAGCACUGAGGGGGGCUCAUGCUGUGAUAUUCCAGGAUAAUAUCGGCACAGAGGCUGUGGCGCAAAUCCUUGACUUUAUCUCCUCACAAACCCUCGUACCUAUCAUCAGCAUCAGUGGCGGCUCUGCUGUGGUCCUGAGUCCAAAGGAAACCAGUUCCUCCUUCCUGCAGAUGGCAGCUUCUUUAGAGCAGCAGUUGACUGUUAUUCUAAAGGUGCUAGAGGAAUAUGAUCUUGGACCUUUUUCUGUGAUCACCAGUCACUAUCCUGGGCAUCGGCUCUUCCUCAGGGCUGUGCGGGCUCUUUGUGAAGCUCUACAGCCUGGCUGGGGACCACAGGAUGAACUCAUAGUGGAGCCAGGUGCAGGUCCCAAAGAGACUCAGAAAAUCCUCCGGCAAGUAUCUGCUCCAGUUCUUUUGCUAUUUUGCUCAAGAGAGGAGGCAGAAGAGAUGUUUAUUGCAGCGGGUGAAGCCGGACUCCUAGGACCUAGUCACAUAUGGAUUGUCCCAAGCUUUACCAUUGGGUCUCCAGACCAUCCUGCCCCAUUUUUCCCUGUAGGAUUGGUAAGUGUAGUGACUGAGGGCUGGAGGAGAAGCCUGCGAAGGAAGCUACAGGACGGGAUAGCAGUGAUUGCUGCAGGAGCCAAGAACUACCUGCAAAGACAUGGAGAACUGCCACAGCCAAGGGGAAGUUGCCUAAUGCCACCACAACUGCACGGAAACAACACCCUGUACAGGCAUAUGAUGAACACAGUAUGGAGGGACAGAGAGCUGUCUUUCAAUUCUCAGGGAUAUUUACUGGAUCCUUCCAUGCUGGUGAUAACACUGAGUCCUCAUCAUGUAUGGGAAGAGGUGGGACGAUGGGAGAGCGGAAUCAUUCAGAUGAAGUAUCCAGUAUGGCCUCGUUAUGGAGCUGGUAACCAGCUUGUGACAGACUCUCGUCACCUGACAGUGGCCACACUUGAGGAGAGGCCAUUUGUCAUUGUUGAGAGUACAGACCCAGCUACGGGAGACUGUAUCCGGAACACAGUGCCAUGCCGCAAGCAGAGCAACCUGACGCUGAGCAGUUCCGGGGAGCCAUACACAAAGUUAUGCUGCAAAGGUUUCUGCAUUGACAUCCUGAAGAAGCUGGCCCGCACAGUAAAGUUCUCGUAUGACCUUUACCUGGUGACUAAUGGGAAGCAUGGGAAGCUUGUGCGAGGCAUGUGGAAUGGAAUGAUUGGAGAGGUCUAUUAUCGCCGUGCUCAUCUCGCUAUUGGGUCUCUCACUAUAAAUGAGGAGCGGUCCGAGAUCAUAGAUUUCUCAGUUCCCUUUGUGGAAACCGGAAUUAGUGUCCUUGUGUCACGCAGCAAUGGUACAGUGUCUCCUUCUGCCUUCUUGGAGCCGUACAGUCCUGCUGUCUGGAUGAUGAUGUUCCUCAUGUGUCUCUCUGUUGUUGCCGUCACUGUCUUUAGCUUUGAGUAUUUAAGCCCUAUGGGAUAUGACCAAGACUUAAGCAAUGGCAAAAGGUUAGGAGGGCCUAGUUUUACCAUCGGGAAGUCCUUGUGGCUGCUCUGGGCACUAGUGUUUAAUAAUUCAGUUCCCAUCCAGAACCCACGUGGCACUACCAGUAAGAUCAUGGUGCUGGUCUGGGCUUUCUUCGCUGUCAUUUUCUUGGCCAGUUACACAGCCAAUCUGGCAGCUUUCAUGAUUCAGGAGCAGUAUAUUGAUACAGUGUCUGGUCUAAGUGACAGGAAGUUUCAGAAGCCCCAGGAACACUAUCCCCCAUUCCGAUUCGGGACUGUGCCCAAUGGCAGCACAGAGAGAAACAUCCGCACCAACUACCCGGACAUGCACAGCUACAUGGUGCGCUACAACCAACGCUCUGUGGAAGAUGCCCUUGCCAGUCUAAAAGCAGGGAAAUUGGAUGCCUUUAUCUAUGACGCAGCCGUACUGAAUUACAUGGCUGGGAAGGAUGAGGGGUGCAAGCUUGUGACCAUCGGAAGCGGGAAGGUUUUUGCCACCACGGGUUAUGGCAUUGCAUUACAGAAGAAUUCACGCUGGAAACGACCCAUUGAUCUGGCCUUACUACAGUUCCUUGGGGACGGAGACACUCAGAGACUGGAAACAGUAUGGCUAUCAGGCAUCUGUCAGAAUGAGAAGAAUGAAGCAGUCAGUAGCAAGUUGGACAUUGACAAUAUGGCCGGGGUCUUCUACAUGCUGCUGGUGGCCAUGGGGCUGAGUUUGCUGGUCUUCUCCUGGGAGCACCUAGUAUACUGGAGGAUGAGACACUGUAUGCCCAGUUCUUGUGGAGAGAAGGGUCUUUUGGGAAUCAGCCGGGGUAUUUACAGCUGUUUUCGAGGUGUCGAGAGCCCGUUGCAGGAUUCUCAAUUCCCAGAUCCCGACGUGACAGGGACUCCAGUUCCAGUGAAUGUUCUGAGGGUCUUACAGACAGCCAGGGACCUUGUCUCUUCUUCAGGGGUUGGAGGAUCACUGGAGAAUGCAUCCCAGGCAUUACGUACUUGGAAACAGCGAAGUGAGAGCCUGCAAGCCGCAUUCUCUCUUCAGGGGCCGCAAGCUAUUGCAUCCCCUCAUCACAUGGCCACAACUGCAAUGGUAGGGAAUGUAGGUCCCACAAUGGCUGUACCUAUACUUACCCAAUCCCCGCGGUCAUUUCAUCCUUCAUAUCCCGUUUUGGCUGAUGGAGACCUGCAGCCUCCUGAAAUAAAUUCCCUGCCUCUGCAGGAUUUUCACCCAGUAUCUUCCAUUUCUCAAAAUGGAGGUGUGAGCACUGCUGUGCACAGUAGUAACCCAUGUAUCAUUUCCCCACUCCCCCAGAGAAGACAGGAAUCACCACAGAUGUUGCCGAACCCUUCCUGCGCAGGGGGACUGCAGUACCCUGGGACUUGGUACCAAUCUCCCACUCCUAGACAAGUAGUCAGAAGUUCAUUACUACCCCAUGAGACCCUGUUAGCUGAAGACUGCGGGAUGCACCCAAGGUGUGUAAGACCUCUGCACUAUUCUCUUCCACGUGCUUCCCACCUUUGCACUUUUUGCCACAGUGGGGGAUGCCACAGACUUGAUCCUGCUCUGUAUUCCUCCCCACACCCAGAUGCCCCCUUGAGAGGAGCAGUUUCCACACUGGCAGUACCCUCUGCAAUGACCUAUAGAGACUCUGGUUCCCUCCUUAAUGUAGCCUCUCUUGGAAGGACUGCAUGCUGCUCAAAGAUAGCUAGCUCUAGGUACCCCACCGGCUCCCUCUCAGGAACAUUUAGAAGUGAAAUCAGUGGGAAUAUCAACCUGGCUGACUCUUGCAGGAGGAUCAGCUGGGAGUCUGAGGUGUGAUCAGGCCAGAGCAAGACCUUUACUGACAAUACAUACCUUUAUUGGCAAUAAGAUCUGACCUAGAACUGUGUGACUGACCUGCGGCUCCUUAGAAAACCUCAGGUAUGGGGGAUCUAUUCAGGCAGACUGACAUUAAAUGUAAUGUAUGGUGCAUUUAUUAUUGGGGGGGGGCUUCAGUUUUGAUGUGCAAGCAACUAUGUUAUGGGUGGAAACCAGAGUACUUGUCAUUGCAAGAUAAACAGUGAAGUCAUAAUGA